CAAAUUGAUUAUUUUGAUAAUUUUACACAUCCACUCUCUCUGAGAUCAAUCCGUCUACGGCGUCAGCUGGGGGCUUCCCGUAAUCAGUGCUUUGUCGAAGCUGUGGAUGGUCGUUUGUGCCGUUCUGAAUGCUGAAUGUUUUUACACUGCCGCCGCGCGAUCAUGACUUAGUUUCGCUGUUUUUGUCCAGCAUUUUUAUUCUCGACUGAUGAAUAAACAGUUUGUAUGAGGCGUAUAAGUACAGAAAAAAUAAGAGUUCCGUCCAGGAAGUGAUUGGUUUUCUCGCUUCAUUCAACAUUAUCGUGUAUGGUUUGUUAACGUUAGUGUACAAGCAGUAGAUAAUUGUGGCCGUAGAAAAUUAGAAACCAUAGAAAUGGAUUACGCAAUUGGGCACUCGAACCAUAUCCAUAGACCACUGCUUCAGCAGCAGGGAGACGACGAUGAGGACAGUGAAGUCACCUUUGCAGAUGACUGCAACUAUGCGGGAUCGAUUAACGCUGGAUCUGUUAACAACAUUCCAACCACGGCUACUGUGGGCAUAAAAAGCAGAACCAGAUGCAGGAAAGCUGAGGAUGGGAGCCUUCGCGUUGCCCCAGUGGAUAAGUACAACUUUACCUAUGCAGUAUUUUAUCUUCUGGGGAUGACCACCCUGUUGCCGUGGAACUUUUUCGUUACGGCAGAAGAGUACUGGCAAUACAAAUUCCGGAACAUAUCGAGCAACGACACAAGCGCACUCACGCCUCGUCAGCUAGAAUUCCAAUCGGACCUCAGCAUAGCAGCAUCGAUACCAAGCACAUUAUUCCUAGUGCUGAAUGCCUGCUUUGGACAUCGAAUACCUCUCUCCAUACGAAUGGCGGGAUCGUUGGUGAUGAUGUUUGCGAUAUUCGUCGGGACAACAGCAUUGGCCCAAGUCGACACCGACCAGUGGCAGGACACAUUCUUUCUUAUCACCAUCACAUCGGUGGUGGUUGUUAAUGCAUUUUCCGCCACCAUGUCGGGAGCCCUGUUCGGAAUAGCUGGCAAAUUUUCUUCCGACUACAUGUCAGCGGUGGUCAGCGGUCAAGCGCUGGGUGGCAUCUUCUCCGCCGCUGCAGCCAUAAUCGCGCUCACUUUCGGCGCUCCGCCAACGUCAACCGCAUUUGUAUUCUUCAUAAUCGGCACCCUCGUCCUGCUGAUCUCGGUCAUUCUGUACAUUGUGAUGUCGAAAACUCUCUUCUUCGUCUAUCACACGUCAUCGAAGUCGUUGAUGAAGAGCUCACUGGAGGUGGAUGAAAUGUCCAGACAGCUGCUUCCACAGAACAGUCCAACGUUUUUCGGUGUCCUUCGGAAGAUGUGGCUGCUGGGAUUCUCCGAAUGGCUGGUGUUCGUUACGACACUGUCAAUCUAUCCGGCCGUAACGAUUCUGGUCGGUUCGCAGAAUCGAGGCCACGCCUGGAACGAUGUUUACUUCCUGCCGGUCGUGAACUAUCUGCUGUUCAACACAGGCGAUUACAUCGGGAGAGUUCUGGCCGGUUUUCUGGAAUGGCCCGCCCAUAGUCCGUUCCAAAUCAGUAUCAUUACCAUUGCGCGUAUCGCAUUUGUGCCAGCCAUGCUGGUGUGUAACAUAAGACCUCAUCACAACUUUCCGGUUUUGAUUCACUCGGAUUACAUAUUCAUAGCCUUGAUGGCUGGAUUUGCUCUGUCCAACGGAUACAUUGCCAAUAUUGCUUUAAUUAGUGCACCGAAAGCGGUCGAUGAGUGUGAAAAAGAGAUGGCUUCUUCGAUGAUGGCUGCAUUCCUGGGCGUGGGUCUCGCCUGCGGCUCUACCAUUAGUUACAUGAUUAUCGAGAUGAUCAAGUGAGUUCUCACGUUGCAAAAGUUUACGGGUCCAUAAUUUUCAAGCGGAGAAUGGGGGUAAGUCGAACCACUGACAGAUCUGCGAUAUUGUUGUUAAGAUAUUACUCGUUAGAUGUAGAUGAAGAAGUUUUGGAUUGCGUGACGUGAUGUUGUUGUCAUGCAGGGUAACGUAUUUAAUCGUUUUAGGCAAAUCAUAUUUAACUAGGACAAUGAAACUGAGACACUAGUUUUAAGUACAUAUCGCUAAUUAUACACAGAGUAUGAUGCUUGACAAAA